AAACCCCGAAUGAGAUACAUACCCGAUAUUCAAAGGGUGAUGUUGAUAUUAGCCUAUAUCCUGAAGGUCACUCUCUCAUCUGAUUUGACGAUACCAUAUUCCUGAUAGAGAAAGGCAUUGAGAAUCUGACAUACAGAUAGUCAGUCAUGAGCCUGUGAUCACCAUAUUGGUUUUAAUAUGUGUAUGUACCACAAUGUGUAUCGGGAAAUCAUUUAUGCAAGUGUCCACUCGCCACCUUGUACCCAAUGGACAAUACUAUAUCCGGCUCUAAUGCCGUUGCCAAUGUCAAUUCAUCACUGGCUGUCCGAAGUAAUCGAGGUUGUUGGACUUGUAGAAUUAGGAAAAAGAAAUGUGAUGAACUAAAACCUGGUUGGUUUUUUGAAUAUAUAUUCCCACAUACCGAAUGAACUAAUAGAUUUUCAACUAUCGUAGGUUGCUUGAGAUGUGCCGAUGUUAAUGUAGAAUGUCGCUAUGGUCCAAAACCAAAUUGGAUAGAUGAUCCAAAAUUUGGGAAAAUAGAGUUGGAGAGGAUCAAAGCGAUUGUUGCUGCAUCCGCAAGUAAAAAGAGAGCCGCAUUUCGUGCGAGGAAAAAUUCAAAUUCUACAUCAUCAUUACUCAAAUCACCAAAAUCAUCUAGUACGACGAAAAGCCCUAGGAAAGAAAGCAAUCUUUCAAGUAUUGACAAUGUCGUCUCAAAAUCUAUUGACAUGGAAAUGGUCCAUGAUAAAACCAUUGAACCUGAAUCUUGUUUAUUUCCAAAAUGGAUCGAGGAUCAAGAAGCAAGUUUAAUGAUGCAUUACCUCGACCAUGUUUUCUUUAUACAGUUUCGUUUUCAUACUCCAUCAUUAUCAUCUGGAAGAGGAUGGCUUUUAUCAUUGUUGAUCAGAACGAAACCUCUUUAUCAUGCAGCCUUAAGUUUAAGUGCUUUUCAUCGUCAAUCACUUCUUCUAGAACAGGAAAGUGGUCAAGCUGAGAUAGAUUAUCUUCAUGAAUUACGACAUCAUCAUGAUUUGACUUUGAAAGAGUUGAGGAAUUUUAUUCAAACCAAUAAUAAAAAUGUAUCUGAACAACGUGCAUUUGAUGGAAAUGUUCAAAUUCUUGCUUGUAUGAUUCAAUUAAUUUCUUUCGAGGUGAGUAUCCAUACCAUUAGUUAUGUUAUAGAUACUGAUAAAAAUCUUUAGCUCUUUCAUGGAGGUGUUAGCAAUUGGCAGGUUCAUUUACGAGCUGCAUCAGAACUUAUAUUGAUUCUUCAUGAAGUAUCAAAUGGUAGUAUUCCAACUUCCGAAACAUUAACCUCUUCUCAAUGCUUCGAUUAUUCUUAUGCGCAUUCUCCUGAAUCCACUUCAAGUGGAAAUACUGUUUCUCGUGAUAGUGCAGCAUUAGAUUUCUUUACGGGUGCUAUUAUUUGGAUAGAUGCUUUGUAAGCGAUCUUCCCCUUCAUUUGGUUAUACUUUCGCUAUUUACUAUAUGACUUAUUGAUUACCAUAAGAUUGCUAACCCUAAUUUAUAGAUCCUGUGUAUCUACAGGAUCUCAUCCAUGGCUUUCCGAAUUUCACAAUCAACUCCUAUCAGCCAAAAAAUCCGAUUCCUCGAAAUCCGAUCAUAAAAUUCAAUUAACCUCAAUUAUGGGAUGCGAAAAUUGGGUGAUGAUAAUGAUUAGCGAGAUCGCAUGGCUAGGAACAUGGAGAAGAAAACAUGAAGAAGAGGAAACCAUAAAUUCCAAAGAACAAUUAAUCAUCACGCAACAAAAUAUUCGAAAUCGACUGGAAUCUAAAAAUUCCGAAACCUUGAAAGAACUCAUAGCAUUACGAGCAACUCAUCAUGGAUCUCCUCCUCAUUAUCACAUCGAUCUUUACAAUAAACAUACUAUAUAUAUAGUAACACAUAUCUUCGCCAGCGCAGCACUCAUCUACCUCCAAAUGGCAGUAACCGACAACAUCGCACCAGAAGAUAUCGAUAUACUUCUCCACAACACAAUAAACGCCAUGCGCAUGAUACCCGAUCCUCAAAUGUUUCGAGGAUUAGUAUGGCCAUUAUCAGUCGCGGGUUGUUUGGCAAGUUCCAAAACAGAUCAGGAAUUCUUUAGAGAGAUUAUUGGAGGGGUUAUGGUUGAUGUGAGAUCGUUUGGUAAUAUGAGGAGUGUGUUGGAGAUUUUGGAGAGAUCGUGGGGGUUGCAGCGGGAAGGAGGGGGAAGGUUGGUGGAUUGUACGAGGACGAUUGGGAAGCUGGGGGCUUGUGUGCUUUUGGUUUGAAGGGCGGUGUUUGUGGGGGUUUAGAAGGGUUUAUGCUGGGAGGGAGUUAUAUCGAGGAGGGGUAUUUUUCUUGGCCGAGCUUAUUUAUGCUAUGAUGAGCUGUGGAUGGGUGGAAAUCCAAAAAUAAUGAGGUACUGCUACUUUUCUUCUUGGUUUGGUUAUAAUCUUAAAUCCCGCCAUCCCACAAUCCCACAUCAAACCGCCCAAAAACAGCAUCACACCCUCCUCGUAUAUCCUCUCCGCCCAUUCCUCCUACUCCUUCAGUCUA